UCAAAUUAACUGAUGAAAGAUGUGGAUGUAUGCAGUGUGCCCAACAUUUUUCUGUUCGUCAAAACAGAGGGAAUAUCCAAGAAGAUGUCGAAAAGUAAUCAGGGAAAGGAUAAGAAAGAUGACACAUGCACUUUGAAGACAUGUUGGUAGCAAACAUCAUGAAUUAACUUUUUCAUCUUCAAUAUUUCAUAUACAUUGAACCUGUGUCAUGUGUUUGACUCUUGGUUCUCAUAUAUCUUUGACUAGUAAUAGGAAAGAAUAGUCUAAACAAUAAAAUAUUAUGACCUCAGUAAAGAAUGGUCCACCAAAGCCCCCUGUAUUUGCUAUUUCCUUACAAAUUUCAGUCUCUUGGUUCUCAUAUAUCUUUCAGCAAACUGCUAGAGGUCUAAAGUCAUACAAGACAGUAGAGGAAGAACAGAUUUUGCAGAGAAUGGCCGAAAAGCAAAGAAUUAUAGUUCCAAGAGUGAAACUGAGCAGUCAAGGAUUUGAGGUGUCAAAGUUGGGGUUUGGUUGCAUGGGUCUCACUGGAAUGUACAAUGAUCCUGUCCCAGAAGAAGUUGGCAUUUCGACCAUCAGGCAUGCAUUUGAUAACGGUAUCACAUUCUUUGAUACAUCAGAUGGCUAUGGACCCCAUACCAAUGAGAUUUUGGUUGGAAAGGCUCUGAAGCAGCUACCAAGAGAAAAGGUCCAGUUAGCUACAAAAUUUGGUUUUGUCAAAUUUGAUAAUGGUAAGCCCAUAAUAUGUGGUACCCCCAAAUAUGUUCGCUCCAGUUGUGAAGCUAGUCUGGAGCGCUUUGAUGUGGAAUACAUUGAUCUCUAUUAUCAGCACCGGGUUGACACAUCGGUGCCUAUAGAAGAUACUAUGGGAGAACUUAAGAAAUUGGUAGAGGAGGGAAAGAUAAAAUACAUUGGGUUGUCUGAAGCUAGCCCUGAUACUAUAAGGAGGGCACACUCAGUUCACCCCAUUACUGCUUUACAAAUGGAGUGGUCACUCUGGACUCGUGAUAUUGAAGAAGAAAUAAUCCCACUUUGCAGGGAACUUGGAAUUGGGAUAAUUCCAUAUAGUCCUCUCGGGCGAGGUUUUUUCGGUGGCAAGAAGGUUGUAGAAAGUGUGGUUGCAAACAGUUUUCUGCAAAUACAUCCUAGGUUUACCGGAGAGAAUUUGAACAAAAACAAGAUUUUAUAUUUGCGUAUGGAAAAGUUGGCUGAGAAGCAUAGAUGCAACCCUGCACAACUUGCACUGUCAUGGGUUCUUCACCAAGGGGAUGAUAUAGUACCAAUUCCUGGGACAACUAAGAUUAGCAAUCUUGACAAUAACAUUGAUUCAUUAAGAGUGAAGCUCACAAAUGAAGAUUUAGAAGAGAUUUCUGCUGCGAUACCCAUCAGCGAGGUGGCCGGGAGUAGAUUAAAUGAUAACUUUGUUGGUCCUGCCUGGAAAUUUGCUAACACACCAGCAAAAGAUAGUCAUCCAGCAACAAAAACCAAGUAAAAUUUUGAUUUUUGUACUGAUGAGCUAUUCAGCUUGGAAUAUACCUAGUGAUGGUGAAAUAAAUGCAGACUCAGAAACAGAAAGGUGGAAUUGAUUCCGUCUGUUUCAAUAUAUGAUAAGGGAAAUGGGAGGCUAGCCAAUAGCCAUUGUAGUACAGUGUAGUGUUGAAUGUUUUAUUUAAUGCAAGCUAAUUAUUUUGGCAGCAA